GACCUGUUACCAUGUCCCAUCAACCUCUGAGCUGCCUGACUGAGAAGGGGGACAGCCCCUGUGAGACCCCAGGAAAUGGACCCCCCAAUAUGGUUCACCCCAGCCUGGACACAUUCACUCCUGAGGAACUGUUGCAGCAAAUGAAGGAACUCCUGGUUGAGAACCACCAACUGAAAGAAGCCAUGAAGCUAAAUAAUCAGGCUAUGAAAGGGCGAUUUGAGGAGCUUUCGGCCUGGACAGAGAAGCAGAAGGAAGAACGCCAGUUGUUUGAGACCCAGAGCAAAGAAGCGAAGGAGCGCCUGAUGGCCUUGAGUCACGAAAAUGAGAAACUGAAGGAAGAGCUUGGGAAACUAAGAGAGAAAUCAGAAAAGCCAUUUGAAGGCUCCAUAAGUGACUCCAGGCUCCCCAGGGCAGACUUGGAGCAGGAAGUAGAACAGCUGAAGACCCAGGUGAUGCGCCUUCAGGCUGAAAAGGCAGACCUGCUGGGCAUCGUCUCCGAACUGCAGCUCAAGCUCAACUCCAGUGGCUCCUCAGAAGACUCCUUUGUUGAGAUCAGGAUGGCUGAAGGAGAAGCUGAGGGGGCAGAGAAGGAAAUGAAGAACAACAGUCUUAAACCUACAAGAACUGACGCCAUCAACAUGACCAAAUCUAUAGAAGAUGCCAGGACCUAUGUGGAGUUUGAGGAAUUAACUGUGAGCCAACUCCUGCUUUGCCUGAGGGAAGGAAACCAAAAGGUGGAGAGACUUGAAAUGGCACUCAGAGAAGCCAAAGAAAGAAUUGCAGGUUUUGAAAAGAAAGCAAAUGACCAUUCUGACAUUGAGACCCAGACAGAGGGGCGCAGAGAAGAGGAGAAUGAAGAGGACAAGGACCCAGAAAGUGUUGGAAGUGAAGUGGAAACGUUGAAUGUUCAAGUGACCUCUCUGUUUAAGGAGCUUCAAGAGGCACACACGAAACUCAGUGAGGCUGAGCUAAUGAAGAAGAGACUUCAAGAAAAGUGUCAGGCUCUGGAAAGGAAAAACUCGGCAACCCCAUCAGAGCUGAAUGAGAAGCAAGAGCUUGUUUACAGCAACAAGAAGUUAGAGCUGCAGGUGGAGAGCAUGCGCUCUGAAAUCAAGAUGGAGCAAGCCAAGACGGAGGAUGAAAAGAAAAUGCUGAAUGAAGUUGUAUUUUUUCAGGCAGAAAAGGUGGACAAGACGCUGCUGCAAGAGCUCCAUGAAAAGCUGGAGCUGGCAGAGCGGGCCCUGGCAUCCAAGCAGCUUCAGAUGGACGAGAUGAAGCAGACCAUCGCUAAGCAGGAGGAGGACCUAGAGACCAUGGCUGUGCUCAGAGCUCAGAUGGAGGUGUACUGUUCCGAUUUUCAUGCUGAAAGAGCAGCAAGAGAGAAGAUUCAUGAAGAAAAGGAGCAGCUGGCCUUGCAGCUGGCAAUUUUGCUGAAAGAGAGCAAUGACUUUGAGGAUGGGGGCAGGCAAUCCUUGAUGGAAAUGCAGAGCCGGCAUGGGGCAAGAACCAGUGACUCUGACCAGCAAGCUUAUCUGCUUCAAAGAGGAGCCGAGGACAUGAGUUGGGGACAGCAGCAGCCGCGGAGUAUUCCGAUUCACUCUUGCCCCAAGUGUGGGGAAGUUCUGCCGGACAUGGACACACUACAGAUCCAUGUCAUGGACUGCAUCAUUUGAGUGUUGUUUCAGCUCCCCAAAAUGUUGGUAAAUGCCAGAUUUCUCCUCCAAGACUUGUACUUCUGUCUCAUUUGUUGUCACACAGAUACUUUUGCCACAUUAUCCUUAUUUCAGGAGAAAGAAAACGUACCCGUCCUAAGGAGACCAUCUCUGGACUGACACGAACUUACAAAGUAGAAUCUAGUUACCGCCCUUCCAAUAAGAGAUCCAGUGACUUCCCUCCCGAGAGUCACUGAGAGCAGUCAGCCGGAAUGACAUAUGUUAAGAACCUUUAUGAGACAGGAAAAUGAAAUGGUCGGGAAAUGUGUCUGGAGCGCUUUUCUAGGCUGCUCUUCACCCUGCAGACAUGUUGUUGUUUUAUGUGUAACUAUUCAGAAGCCUCCAUCUGGCUCUCUGCCUGAGCACUGUGAGCGUUCUGUUGCUAUCAGGCUGGUGAGCGCCGGGAAUGCGGCCCAGGGGUGGAGUGCUUUCCCACAGCUGGUCGCUGUGAGCACACCUUCCGUCUUUUUUGUGCUGGAGGUGUAUGGGCUAGUGUAGCACAGAGUUCAAUUUUAAAUAGAGCAGCUCUUUGCUCCCCACAUGAAGUAGAAGCUUACAGACAUCAGUUAUCACAAACUAAGAUUUUGCUACAAGUCUGUCCCAUGGCUCAUAUAUGACCAGUAACAUUGUAGUGUGUAUAUGAAGGUUAUUAAUAUAACCUUAAUACUGAGAUGUUUUAUUCAUGAUAACAGGAGCAGAUCCUUUUCAGGGGGUCAUCACAUGUUCAAAUGAGAUUCCUGCUAAAAUGGUGAACAGAGUCAGGCAUGGUGGUGCAUAGCACACCUGCAAUUCUAGCACAUGGGAAACUGAGGCAGGAGAUCACCAGCUCAUGGCCAGCCAGGGCUACAUACAAUAAAUAGGGAUUUGACAUAUUUUCUGUUAAAAAGGCUAGCAAGAACUAAACAGGUCACAAAAGUAAACAGUAUCAAAUCCUAAAACAUUUAAGAGAACAUGAGAAGGUCUGCUUUGUUUUUGCUUACCAUGAGAUCUCUAAAUACACACAGCUGUGUGUUUAAAUAGAGUCAAAACAGUUGCUUUAUCUCAAGGGAACAGCCCAUCCAAGUUGCAGUUAUCUCCAUGCCUGAACAGUUUCCCACACUGCAAGACAGUGGAACACUGCACUGCCUCAGCAGUGGUUGGCUUUGAUUCUCCCACUUGCACCCCAGAGACAAGGUUUGUUAAUAACAUUUCUAAAAUGACAGUGAAAUCUUUUCUUUUCUUAUAGUUUCUAGUACAAAUUUCUUUAUUAUUUUAUAAUAGAUAAAGUAGAUUUCUAAGUAUCCCAGAUAGAGGAGGAAACUAAAUGGUUUCACAAUGAAGUUACUGGGAAAUUCCUUUCAUUUUGUUCAAGUAUAAUUAAUCUGAUAAAUCCGAACUGUGAAGUGAGAACUCAGGGGUCUUGAUAAGGCCAUUUGUUUGAUCAUGAAGAAGAUUAGAGAUGAAGGCAAGUUCAAGUUAAGACAAUUGGAGAGAUGUCUGUAUACCAUCUUUGUAGCAGCAUUUUCUGCAGUAGCUAGGAUAUAAUGCAUCUAGGUGUCCAUUCACCUAAAGAAAAUGCAAUACACAUAUAUAAUGAAGUAGUAUUCAGCCUUUAAGAAUAAGGAAAUCUUAUCACUUUAACAUAGAUAAACCCGGAGGACAUCAUGUCAAAUGAAAUAAGCCAGUCAUAAAUACCACAGGAUCUCACUUAUAUGUGGACUCUGAAAAAAUGGAACUCAUAGAUGUUGAGAGCUGAAUGGUGGCUAGCAGCACAUGAGGGAUGGUGUGAGAAGGGUGAGAAGAUGUGAUCAAAGGGUAUGAAGUCUCAGGAGAGAUAUGCUGUCAUGAUCUACUGUACAGAAUAGUGGCUGCAAUAAUUUGUAUAGUAAACAACUUGUAAAUGCUG